AUGGAACGAUCCAAGAGGCAAAGCGUCCUCCAGCAAAUCUUCCGCUUUCUGGAGAAGGCAACCAACACAAUCCACACAAUCGCAAAGUUCCACCUGGCUGGAUGUUGUCGCAACGGGCUUGGUGUCGAUCAAGACCACACCAAGGCUGUCGAGAUAUAUCGUAAUAUCGCAGACCGUGGGAUCUCUCAGGCUCAAGUCGCCCUCGGUCGAUGCUACGAGAGUGGUGAAGGUGUCGAUCAGAGCUUCACCACCGCGAUCGAGUGGUAUUCCAAGGCAGCAGAUCAGGCCAACGAAGACGGUCGACUCCAUAUCGUGUUCCUCCGAGGAUGCGGGGGAGUAUCGAGGAACCAACAAAAGGCAUUCGAGUGGUUCAGCAGGUCGGCCAGCCAAGGCAACUCAUAUGGUCAGUGGAUGGUUGGAUAUUGCUACUACUACGGACACGGAGUCACCAAGGACUACGCCAAGGCGGUCGAGUGGCUCCGCAAGUCGGCCGAACAGGGCAAUCGGAUCGGACAGAACGACCUGGGCUAUUGCUACCAAUAUGGCCGUGAUGUCCCCCGGGACAUCGACACCGCCAUUUUCUGGUACCGCAAGUCUGCCGACCAGGGAUGGCAAGAUGCCAUCAACAACCUCAAGCAACUCGGCAAGUGGCCCUGA